GCGUUUAAAUACAUUUGGCUGGAGAUCGUCACUCUUGCGUCCGAUACUGUCGGGUGGUUUCAGCCGGGAAGGUUCGGGCUGUAUUGCGGAGGGGGUUCAGCCCAGCCAGGCUCGUACAGAAUGGAGGGGCAACGCCGUCGCCGUGCCGUUGUUUGCUAUGAACACACUCCUGGAUAGCUGUUCUUUGAAAGCUGCCCCCCUCCGUAGUCUACUCUGAGUGUGAUGGCAACCACCGAGGAGGUCACGGUCUCCAUGGGGGAAGUGGUGAUGGUGAAGACUGACGGUGAAGGAGACUCAGAUGACCCAAAUAAGACUCAGGUCAUCCUACAGCUUCAGCCAAUCACCACUGGGGAUGAAUCUGCUGCUGAAACAGAUGCAGCUGUCAUGGCUGUCGAAGCACAACCAGCAGAACAAACUGAAGGAGACGAUGUUGAGAUUGGCUGUCCCAUAACAUGCGGCGACUGCAAAGCUGUGUUACUAGUGAAGAAAUUUGUGUGCCCGGGAAUCAAUGUAAAAUGUGUAAAGUAUGAAGACCAGCUGAUCAGCCCAAAGCAGUUUGUGCACAUUUCUGGAAAAGCCACACUGAAGGACUGGAAGAGAGCCAUCAGGAUGGGUGGAGUCAUGCUAAGAAAAAUGAUGGAUUCAGGUCAGCUGGACUUCUACCAGCACAGCACACUGUGCACCAACACGUGUCGCAGCACAAAGUUUGACCUUCUAAUCAACAACGCACGGUUUCCUCCUGACGGCACUGGACUCACCACACCCACGUCCUCUCAAGCUCAGGUGGUCCUGGGUAAUGGCGGGGUGGUGGGUGAGGACCGGGCAGAGAUUCUGACCGGGAAGAUGGACUGGAGCUCAGUCUCACUGGAGUCUGCAGACAAGAAGGAAUCUAAUGAGAUCUCAGAGGACACGCUGAACUUCUGGAAGGGCAUUGCUGAUGUGGGUUUGCUGGGUGAAGUGGUGACCAACAUCAGCACAGAGCUCCUGGAGCUGCUGAACGGUGUGCAGCAGCGCAGGGAACCGGCUGCCUUACAGGACACAGAUUCCUGUCUGGUAGAGGUGGCGGUGCUCAGUAACCUCGCCCAGGUGUUCGGCCUGCUCGACUCAGUCAAGAAGAUCCUGGAGAGGAGAAGGCAGCAGACGGAUCCCUGCCAGGAGCAGAUCCUCAGCACGAUCACCAACCUGGAGGUGCAGUUGGAGGAACAGAGGAAGCAGCAGCAGGUGCGAGCUCUCCUGUCCUGCCCGCAGCCUGCCAAAAACAAAACUCCCACCAAGCGACAGACUAAGCGACCUCGUCUCCAGCGGCCCGCCUCCACCACCACCCUCCUGACCUCCUCCAUCAACCAGCAGGCCACCCUGCAGUCCCAGCAGUUCACCGUACUUUCCCCAAUCUCUCUGUCCUCUGUGGGUCAGCCAUUCACCAUGGCAGGCCUGGCCCAGUCCUCCAACACGGUCACCCUGCUCCCCGCUUGCUCGCAGCUCUUCACACGCUACAUGGUGACUGGCGACGGAAAGGCGGACACCAUCACCUUGCACCCCUCUUCGGGCCUUACGCUAGUGGGCACCACCGCCAUGCAAGACUCCAGCCAGCUGGGCACGAUGAUGAGCCCCUUAGAGCUGGUGCAAUUCAGCCAGCAGGCUGGCGGGGCAGAGGUGGUGCCCAUAGAAGGCCAGGUGGUGGAUGGCACCAUGCUGGUGCAGCAGGAGGUGAUGCAGGGUGAAGUGGAGGCCGGCCAGGAGCACACGGUAAUUGAGAUCAACCCUGCUCCGAUGGAGCAGGCGGUGGGGGUUAUGGAACUGCAGCUGACCGGGGAGUCGGGCAGGGACGGGACCACCAUGAUGGUCCAGAGCGGGAUGGAGGUGACGAUGGCUGCAGGAGAGGAGGAGACACAAGUGCAGGAGGUGCAGACUGAAGGGGUUCAGGGGCUGCAGCUGGAUGAGAGCGGACAGUUGUCAGGUGUACAGAUAGUUGUGAUAGGUGAAACUCAGGAAGAAACCAAGGUGAAAUGAGACACACCUCCUGUUUUAUCCAGCAGAGCAGGUAUGGACUCGUGCUGAGCUGCCACAGACUCAUAAACUGUAAAUAGACAGAAUUUCCAAAUCCACAAAUUGCCUUGGCAUAAGACCAAGAACUAGGGUAGCCGUUUUUCCUUUUUUAUUGUGUGUGUGUGUGUGUGUGUGUGUGUGUGUGAGAGAGAGAGGGUGUGUGAGUCUGUGUGUCUGUGUGUGUACAUGCUGUGUCAACUCCUUGAUGAUUUUCAUUAAAACAAAGAGGCAUCACAACAUAAAACACACUGUAUGCUUCUGAUUGUUAUGUAUACAAAGGAUAAAUUCUGUUUAUUACAACUUGGGUCAAUAUUAAUAAUUGUAAUGUUGGCUAUCGUUUCUAGCUGUAGUAAUAAAAUUGCAUUCACCAAGUUAAUUACUGUGAUGUGAGGAUGUGUCAGUGUUUCUAAAGAAAUUUAACAGUCAGCCAGUUAGAUUUAGGGUUAGGGCUAGGGCCUAAAAUAUGAGGCUUAAUCUUUCCAUAGUUGUGUGCACACAAAUUUCCUGUACAGUGAUGCAUUAUUACCAACAUUUUAAAUGUACUCACUUUUGGUUUUAUCCCCAAAUAUAAAAGGGUAGCUCAGAGUUUUGCAAUACCUUAACCCUAACCCACUGACCCCUGAGAAAACUGAUGUGGCAGCAAAAGGUCAUUAUUGAACUUUUAAUGUGUAAUAACCUUGAGUUUGAUAUAUGAAAAUGAUCUGUACGAUAAAAAAGUUAAGAACCCAUGAUAUAGCUACUCUGCCUUAUUUACAAAAGGUCCAUGAUUCAACAAUCGAUUGAUCAUUUUGUCGUUAACACUGUAUAAUAACCAUAAUUUAUAAAUGGUAAAUUCAUAGUUAAUUAAACUUGAGAAAAAAAAUGAGUCUUAAACAGUGAAAUCUUUAGAAACCAUUUUUUAAGGCAUUGUAACAGUUUGUAAACAUCAGUUUCAUCUUUACAAAGACCAUACAAGUGAUGUUUAUGGACAAACUACACAGUAUUUAUUAACCAUUUAUAAAGUAUUACAGACACCAGUUGCAACUUCACAAAAAAACAAUAGCUUAAAAAAUGGUUUGUAAAACAUUUUAUUGUUAGCCAACAGAAAUAGCUAUUAACUACAUUUUAAUUAACUAAAUUAUGGUUAUUAUUAGUUCAGUCUAAAAUAACAAAUACGGCUGCUUCUUUUGUCCAACCAACAGUCCAAAAGCCAAUGCCUCUUUUUUACUGUCAUUAAUGACAAAGAAAUACCUGCAUUGAUAAGAUGGAACCAGCAAAUAUCUGACAUCCUUCCUUGAAAAAUGACUGACGUGAUUAAGAGAUGUCCGUGUCAUCCCAGAUACCAGCAACCUUGGUCAGUACAUUGUCAUUAAAACCGACAGAAACGAUGGCCAAAGCUACAAAGUUACCUGACCUGUAAUAACCUGUAUUUAUCUUUCAAGCCUCCGUGAACAACCUGAGGACAAGAGAAUGCACUGUAACUCUGUAACCAAGUCUACAUGCAGGGCUUUAAUGGUGCUGACGGUUCAUCACUUCACGUCUUCUCAUAUGGCAUCUGUAGCCGCAGGCUGCUGAUCCGACUUAUUACCAGUAACAGUGUUGGCAUCACUUGGGGCUGGGAUUAAUUGCACUGUCUAUUGUGUUGUAGUAUCGCAUCAAAGCUGUAUUGUUUUUGCACUGUGCGUCGUCCGUUUAGGACUACAGGAAGAUGUUUGCAACAAUGCCUGCUCUCUUAACAUUUCUUAGAGAAUGUUGCCACGCUGUUGGCUGUGCAGUGAUUUUUGUUUUUUUUGUUUGUUUUUUUUCUGUGCACAGUUGAAUGGAAACUCCUCACUGGAAAUGCAUCGCUCAUGCACUUAUUUUCUCAGUGGUUUUCUUACUGAUUUUAUUCAGAAACUCCAUUUAUUUUUCUUUAACGUGUUCAUCUAUUGCUUUAACUCAGUAUGAUAGGUAGUGUGAGCUGCUGGGCUGAUCGUUUAAGUCAAUAUAUAAAACCAUAUAUAUAUAAACUUAAUGUCAAACUUGGUAUGCCUGUAUUUUACACUUGUAAAGUAGUGUCAUAUUUAUUAGUUUCCAAACCGAAGAGAUGGGCCUCUGUUAAAGGUGCAAACGUGGAUUAA